UUUAAGGAAGAGAGGCGGUCGACUGCAGAGAAAAAGAAAAAUGGCGAGCGAAGAAGAGAGCGCAGUGAAGGAGCCGUUGGAUCUCAUAAGACUUAGCCUCGACGAGCGUAUCUACGUCAAGCUCCGCUCCGACCGUGAACUCCGAGGCAAACUUCAUGCCUAUGAUCAGCAUUUGAACAUGAUUCUUGGUGAUGUUGAAGAAAUUGUUACUACAGUAGAAAUCGACGAUGAAACUUAUGAAGAAAUUGUUCGAACGACAAGGCGGACAGUUCCAUUUCUUUUUGUUCGAGGAGAUGGUGUUAUUUUGGUUUCUCCUCCACUGAGGACAGCUUGAUUUGGAUGAUGGAAUUUAGGUUGCAUUUUAUGGUUGAAAUAUCCUGUUGUCGUAUGUAAUAGCCUAAGUGUAUGUCAAACUGAUUUGAUUUUGGGAGGGAAUGAAGGGAGAGCAUAUCACAUUGUUGGAUCAUUAUGUGAUAGAUUUCAAUGAUGAAUUUGUAUGAGCUAUCAGCUGUUCUAAGUUUAUGCACUUGUUCGGUAAAAAACAGGAUAGGCAAAAACUGCUGGCAGUGUCUACGAAGUUUACUCUCAUCAUGUUUAGACAAAAAUAUCUUAUGCACCAUUUAGUGGAUUAGCAUGGUUGGCUGGAUGGGCCAUCAAUGAACUUGGGAAUGGAUGGAUGCAUGAAAUUUCACGGAUUUGAUGAGUAGUUUACUA